UGUUGUUGUUGUUAUUGUUGUUGUUGUUGUUGUUGUUGUUGUUAUUAUCGUCAUUGUCGUCGUCGUCGUCGUCGUUGUUGCCGAUUCGAAAGGAAAGAAGAAAAAGAAGAAGAAGAAGAAAAGAUUGGUGCGGCUGCGGCGGCAACAGUGGUGGUGGUGGUGGUUGCAUGAUAUGUUGUCGUCGCCGGUGGUGGGCCUCGUGUCGGUGGUUGUUAGAUGCCGGUGACGAAAGCCUUGACGAGGAUUAUAACGAGAUUAAGAAGAAAUCGACGACGAAGAAGAGAAGAACGACGGAAGGAAAGAAACGAGGAAUUAUCGGAACGUAAUAGAUUUUGUAUUAGAAUUGUCCUACAGCGAAACGAAAAGGAAGAAGGACGACGACGAUGUUCAACGUGACUAUUCCUAAAACGUUCCUUAUUCUUUCACGAGCGAAAAGGAUUAUCAUCGGGAGAGAUAGUGAAAGAGAGUGAGAGAGUGAGAAAAGGCUGAAUGAAGCGACAGCAGGAACAAGAACGGCGGAGGUCGAGCGAGCCACUGUCGGUGGUGGUGGUGCCAAUAACCUCUCUCACUAUUCGAACGCGUUUCGACUUAUCCUCUCUGGCUUGAACGAAGCACUCCUUCUCCCUUAUUCGGUGCACACGAUGCGUUUGCUCCCGUAUUACUAUCAUAUAGAUCGUAAAAUUAGACGUUCGAAGGCACGUUCGAUGAUAAAAGUGGAAGAAUCGUUCAAGCCCGUUGUCUAUAUCUCUGAGGUAAAAGCGUACGAGUUAACAUUGACGAACUUGUUUCUCAACGUCAAUUCUGUCAACUUCUUUUUCGUCGCUGCUACCAUCUGAACCAUCUGAAAAAAAAAAAGAAAAAAAAAAACAGCGUGCUAACGAAGAAUCGUUAAAGAAGGAAGAUGAUGCUGUCUGUCGCUUCGAGCGACGUCGGACACUGACUUUUCAUAGUUCCUUUUUCUUUUCUUCUCCUUUUUUUUAUAUAUAUAUAUAUAUAUAUAUAUUCUUCUUUUUUACCUAUCACUACUACUUCUUUCCCUUUUUCCUCUUCUUUAUUUCCUUUUUCCCCCCUCUCUUUCUGUAUCUUUUUAUUUUUUUUUUUUUUUAACUUCAUGCGAUUCCUGCCGUGUUCGGUUUUCGAAUUUGAAAGGAACGCGCGCCGCACACGUGCGAGAUUCACUUUCUAGUCCGCUGCAUUUAAAAUACAUAUUAAAAAAAAGAAAAAAAAAAAAAGAAAAUAAAAAAAGAAGAAAAAAAAGAAAAGCACGAUCGAGGUUAUAGGCCACGAUAGACAUAAAUGUUUUAAUGUUCUUAUUUCUUCUGGGAAAAAAUUCUAUGAGCCCUCGAUUAUAAUCUAUCGAUCGUACGAGAGAGAGACUGAGAAUAAAGGAGAAUAUUAGUUCGUUAAUUUAUUCAAAGGGAAUAACGGAAAGGCGGAGAGCAAAAAAGAAGAGAAGAUAGAUAAAUAAAUAAAUAAAUAAAUAAAUAAACUAACUAACUAAAUAAAUAAAUAAAUAUAUAAAUAAUUAAUUAAUUAAAUGAAUGAAUGAAUGAAUGGAUAGAUAGACAGAUAAGAUAGAGAAAGAGAAAAAGAAAAAGAAUGAGUUGCUAACAAAGAAGAAGAAGAAGAAGAAGAAGGUAGGGGAGUAAAGUGUGGAAGAUAACGAGAUAAGAUCGUUCCCUCGGCAUGAAGAUAUCCGACAAGACCGCGAUAAGGCCGAUUCCACGGGGUAGUGGAAAAUACGAAUCUAACGUCUUGUCUUGAGAUCGUUUCCUCGUCGGUUCAACGUGCUUUAAGAGAGGUAAACGAAGCAGAGAUAAAAGACAAAAGAAAAGAAAAGGAAAGGAAAGGAAAAGGAAAAAGGGAGGAGAAGGAAAAUAGAGGGAGAAGAAGUGGAAGAGAAAGAGGAAGGAACAAAUGACUAGCUUAACCAUUGCGGCGAGCAUGAUGCCUCUGUCAAGGGCAAAUCCGUAUGGAAUGGCGGCGGACACGAUAUCGACGCAGACGUGUAACAUAGCGACGAACGAGAGCAAUCACCUGCCACCGUUAAAGUCAACGUCGGCGGCAGUAGUGAUGAUGGCAGCGGCUUUCGACAACUUGAAGCAGAGCGAAUCGUCGCCGCCGCGACACGUCGCGCACGCGACCAUCGGUCACGUGGUUGGCGGUGGUGCCAGCGGAGGAGGAGGAGCCGGAGGAGGAGGUGGUGGUGGUGUCGGUGCCGGUGGCGGAGGAGCGUCCACGCACCUGCCCAGCCUUGCGUCAAGCGCUAACAACAGCCUGCAGAAUCUCUCCGGGAACUCGGACAGCCUAAAUCUCAGUUUAAGCUCGCACGCGAGUCACAAUUCGCAUUCCCAGCCAAACUCGCAGUCGAGUAGUCCGAUGGUGAAGAACGGUAGAUCGGAUGGCAGUUCGAGUGGUGGUGGCGGCGGCGGCGGCGGCGGCGUCGGUGGUGGCGGCGGUGGUGGCGGUGGCGGUGGCGGUGGCGGUGGCGGUGGUGGUGGCGGAGGCGGUGGUAGUGGUGGUACGGGUGGAGCCGUCGUUUCUACCACCGACGGAAGGCCCGGCACCGCGUCUGGGGCCAGCGCAAGCCCCAGUACCGUUCUUUUUCCUGAAAAACGUAUGUCGAUGAGGCUCCUACCGGAUACCGUAAUGAGGUUCUAUAUGAACAAACUCACGCCGUACGAACACCACGAGAUAUUCAAUUACGAAUACAUUUAUUUUAUUGGGGCGAAUGCCAAGAAACGACCCGGCAUCAUUGGACGGCGUAACAAUCACGAGUACGACAACGAUCAAGGCUCUUAUAUACACGUACCGCACGAUCACGUGGCGUACAGGUACGAGGUCCUCAAGGUAAUCGGCAAAGGUUCCUUCGGUCAGGUCGUUAAGGUAUAUGAUCACAAGAAUCAUGAGCACGUUGCCCUCAAAAUGAUUAGGAACGAGAAGAGGUUCCAUCGGCAGGCGCAAGAGGAAAUCGAGAUACUGAAGAAGCUUAGGGAACAGGACAAACACGAUAGGAUGAACAUCAUUCAUAUGUUCGAAGCGUUCACCUUUCGUUGUCACACAUGUAUAACCUUCGAGCUACUCAGUAUUAAUCUUUACGAGCUCAUCAAGAAGAACAGGUUUCGGGGCUUUAGUCUUCAGCUCGUCAGAAAGUUUUCGUAUUCCCUUCUUCUAUGCCUCGACGCACUGAACAAGAACAAAAUCAUACAUUGCGAUAUGAAGCCGGAGAACGUUCUUCUAAAGCAACAAGGACGGAGUGGUAUCAAGGUGAUAGACUUCGGCUCGAGUUGCUACGAGAACCGGCGCGUCUACACGUAUAUACAAAGCCGCUUCUACCGGGCCCCGGAGGUGAUCCUUGGUGCUGGAUACGGCAUGCCGAUCGACAUGUGGAGUCUAGGCUGCAUUCUCGCGGAACUAUUCACUGGGAUCCCGCUGUUGCCGGGUGAAGAUGAGGCGGAUCAACUGGCGUGCAUAAUCGAACUCCUAGGUAUGCCGCCAGCCUACUUGCUAGAAAAUGCAAAGCGCCGUCGAAAUUUCAUCAGUUCGAAAGGUUAUCCGAGGUACUGUACGGUGACAACGCUAUCAGACGGUACGGCACGGUUUGGUGGUGGCCUAUCGAGGAGAGGAAAACUCCGUGGCCCACCGGGUUCGAGAGAAUGGAAACGGGCAUUGAAAGGUUGUGACGAUCUCAUGUUCAUCGAUUUCAUAAGGGGUUGCCUCGAGUGGGAUCCAAAACUAAGGAUGACACCCAGGAUGGCACUCAGGCAUGCUUGGUUACGGCGUAGAUUACCGAAGCCACCCUCGGAAAAGAUCAACGACGAUUACUUUCCUCCACCGCGAACGUCCGUUACUGGUCUAAGAACGCCAGCUUCUUCAGGUAGCAAAACCAUCACCACGGCUACCACUACCACCAUCAACACUACAGCCAUAAAUACGGCCACUACCACGACUACUACUGCCGUCGCUGCUGUAGCGGCCACUGCUAGGAGCAAUACCCUUCAGUCAACGAACGUCAACGCUGCGGCGACUAGAAACAAAGUGCGACAAAAAUCACAGCCACAACAACAGCAGCAGCAGCAGCAACAGCAGCAGCAACAACAACAACAACAGUUGAAUGAUUUCUAUUGUCGCAGAUCGACUAUACACUCAAGGCAUCCCCAGUCGGGUAUUUUUGGCAAUACGACGUCGGUUCAAACAACGGUUCAUGCAGUUUCCUCGAAUCAUCAGCCGAGUCUUAGCAGUCAUCAGUCCUUGAAUUCGGUCGGCACUGCUGGAUCUCAACAGCAACAACAUGGCGCCAGUCAUCAAUUGCAACAACAGCAGCAGCAACAGCAACAUCAAAGCAACGGAUCGUCGCAUGGAUCAUCUUCUCAUGGAUCUUCCUCCCAUGGAUCCUCUUCUCAUGACAGUCAUAGUUCGCACGGUCCUUCGAGUGCUUUGAGUCGCGUGAUAUUAAGCAAAGAGUUUAUCGAAGAACUCAGACGUUACGCCGAAAUAUGAGGACGUCGGCUCACACGUGUGCCACUGCCGUCAUGUUCGUUAAUAACUUCGAGUAGCGUUGACCUUGGAAACCGUGCGCAGACGGUAACAUUGACGUCAAGGUGAACGAGGAAGGGUCGUGAAAUUGAAAGGUUAACGAUCCUUCGAAGCUUUGCCAGAAUACAAACACUCUGUGCGAUGAAUGACCUCGCCCUAUACGUUCUAGGCGAGCGUUUAGUGAUAUAAGUGAUUUCGCAUAUUACGAGAGAGAUUGACCUACAUUCGAACCUUUUUAGACCUAUUUCGUUUCUUUUUAUUAUUAUUAUUAUUUUUUUUUGUUUUUUUUUUUUUGUUUUUUUGUUAGUCCGAUCUGAAAGAAAUUGGUCUUUAACCGGGUGUGUAAUAUCGCUGCAUUUUAUCGAUGUCGUAAUUCGAUUUUUAAUUGUGACGCUGAAUUCGUGAUAACGUUAAGGCACAAAAUUUAAUUUAGAUGUAUAAAUAAUACGUGAUAUUCGUCGGAGUGACUAGUCUAUCCCUAGCUCUUAUCCACGAAAGCACGACUCUCUUUCUCAUUUUAGUAUCGUAUAGUAUGCUAGUGCUCAGUUUUCUUUUGUUUAGCCGCUGAACGUUUGCUCCUGUUGUCAUUGCUGGAUCUUUUGUAACAAUCGUAUUAUUCACUAACUACGAAGGCCGUCGUAAGCGCAUAAAUACAAAUACAUAGGCAUUACUUGCCAUCGGUGAAUUGGUAUCGUGCGAAACCUCAUUUAUAUCGACAUUUAUUACAUUGUCUUGACUUUUAGGUUAUUGUGCCAGAGAAGUCGGGGAAUGCGAAGGGUUCAUAAGCGUGUAUAACAUCGUCAAUGAAUCGAUCCGGAAUACUCGAUUGAAAGGGUUUCUAACUCUGUGACUGUAUAGUAAGUAAAACAAAUUGUACAAUGAAUUUCUUCUAGGCGUAUAUCAUUAAAUCUGACUGGGGUUAAAUUCGUGUCACGAGAAAUACAUAUUUAAAUUAAAUUCAAUAAUAUUCUUUAUCAUUUCACUGUCUUUAAGGAAUCUCGCGUGACGGUUAUCGUAAAAGUAAUAUUAAAUUGUCCCAUGAAACCUCAACUAUUCUUCCUAUCGAUCUUGAGACACUUGACCUUCUUAAUUUGCAUAUCGGAGAAUAUCAUUGAACGCAAGGGAAAAAAUUAGAAAGAUUUCCUUUUUGAAUCUUUUUUCAAUGAUUAAUAUAUAAUUGUAUAUAUUGCAUUGUAGAUAUAAGUGAAGUUGUACGUAUUUAUAUAUAUAUAUAUAUAUAUAUAUAUAUAUAUAUAUAUAUAUAUAUAUAUAUAUAUAUAUAUUAUAUUGGCGAAAGAAAAUUAUGAAAGUCUUUAACGAUGAAUAAUUUAUUUUGUACAAAAUGUAAGAGGAAGUCGUAUAUAUGUCGUAUUACAUAAUCCGACUAUAAUAAUUUUCAACGAGAAAAUCUCUUUUACGAAAAUUUUAUUGAAUUUUCGAAUUAUCGAAAGUAUUUCUUUAAUUUUUACAUGGCACAUCGAGAUAAGUAAUAAUCACGUUUCGGUGUGCUUUUUAAAAUGAUUAUUCACGCGUAACAAAUGAGGAUAUUUUAUAAUCGUAUAAUCGAACGUAAAGAUCAAUUCGUAUCCAAUACUUAUUAUACGUAUACGUAAUAUACGUUGCACAAGAGUAAAAGCGAUGAACGAAUAUUCAUCGCGGAAUGUUUGUAUAUUAUAAAUGCUCGAGUGCACAUAUAAAUACAUAUGUUGAGUAGAAUUCAUUCUGAUUUUUGUAUUACCGGUUAUACACGCUUCCGCCUGAUGAAAAAACAUAGGUGAGGGUUAUUUUUAAUUAAAUGCGAACAUUAUUCCCAAAGACUUCGAAAAUGUGAUACGAACGAUAAUCGACGUAUAGGCGUUAAUGGGAAAAAAAAAAAGGAAAGAAAAAAAAAACACAAAACGAAAAAAAAGUAAAAAAAGAAAAAAAGUCAAAAAAAAAAAAGUAAAAAAGAAAAAAAAUCGUAAAAACGUGUUCCGCACAUCUUUUUCUCGAUGAUUCUCCUUCAUGAAUCAAAAAAAAAAAAAAAAAAUUAAAGAAAAGAAAAGAAAAAAUAUAAGAGAAUUGGUUUCGACGAUGCCAUUCAGCCAGAUGCCAUUCAUCAUGCCGAUCGGAAAGGUUUGCUGUCCUGAAGUAAUAUCUUUUCUUUUUAAUUAAUUUUUUACUACAAUCUGCUACGACGUUGUAUUUAAUCGGAAAUUCAUCGAAAUUAUUUGCUUAUUUUAAUGUUUCUUAUUGGUAAAAUGAGAUCAAGCGUAUUCUGAUAAUUAAAUAUUUAUAUAAUAAUGACAUCGUCGAUAUUGAAUGCUUUCAAAGAGCUAUUUUGUAUGAUUAGGAAUGACAGCAGCGAGCAGCGAGGCAAUCAAAGAAACGGAGUGAUAUUCGGUUGUCGACAGUUGAUACCGAACAGGAUAACGUUAUGUGAUAUGGAAUUUAAACCGUACUGUCAUUUAUAUUGGCAAAGAAAAUAUAUAUAUAUAUAUAUAUAUAUAUAUAUAUAUAUAUAAUCAGAUAAAAAAAGAAAUAAAAAUAUAAGUUAUAUCGCGCUGUAACGCUAAUUAUAAAAAGCCGCGCUAAUAUUUAAUAAGAUAUGUAUUAUUAUGCGCAUAUAUAGCGAGAAAGAGUAGAAAGUUGCCAUCGUGGUUACGAGAAGAACAUAUAAAGUGUGGUGUUCGUAAAACGUUGCAUUAACUCGUUGAUCAUAUCGAGCAUUCUUCCUUACGAAGUGUAUUAUCGUAUCCGUGCUUUUUCAUCUUUCGUGAUUCAUCGUGCGCAAAAGAAAAGAAAGAAAGAAAGAAAGAAAGAAAGGAAAAAAGAAAAGAAGAAAGGGAGGGGAGGAGAAGAAAAUUAAUUGGUUGAUAAAUGCUAAUAGUCGAUUUUAUAUUCCCAAGAGAAACGUAAGAUGGAGGAAAAAAGAUACGUAAAAUAUGGGGGUGGGUCAUAAGAACAGGUUGGUGGUUCGGUUACGGUGACACGAGGAUACUUCGACAAGCAUUUAAAUAACUAAGGUAUAUAUAUAUACAUAUAUAUAUAUAUAUAUAUAUAUAUAUAUAUAUAUAUAUAUAUUCUGUAAUUUGCGCUAUGACGUCUGUCAAGGAUCGAUCGACACGCCACUGCCAAUAACUUCUUUUAUAAGUUUUAUCGCUCGAACUUUUCUUCUCUUUGUUUUUUUUUUAUAUAUAUAAAAUUUAUAUAUAUAUAUACGGGCGCUCAUCUUAUUUACGUGCCUAGUCUCUUCAUUUUCUUCGAGAUCACCUUGAGUUACGUCAGAGCGAAGUACCACCGUAUACCAAUAUCAUACACGACACACACACAUAUAUAUAUAUAUAUACAAAUACACACACACACACACAUAUAAUACACAAAAAAUACACGUACACGCACGAGCAUAUUCCUUUCGAGACUCGAUGUGAAUUUUCGAAAGUCGUAUUUCUCCAAAUGCGAUCACAAUCGAUAAAAUAUUACUACGAGCUCGAAAGUGCUUAAUGAGUGUGAUAUAAGUACGUACGUAUGCAUUUACAUAAAUUACAAAAAUAUACAAACACUAUACCGUACACGUGUCCACGAUUUAUUUAAAUACGAAAAUAUUAUAUACGUAAGCAUUUAUUGGCAGAAUCGCGAGAAAGAGAGUUAAUUGUAACUUAUCACCAGGAAUCCGUUCGCUUGUAACACUAUUAUUAUUAUUAUUAUUAUCAUUAUUAUUAAUAUUAAUAUUAUUAUUAUUAUUAUUAUUAUUAUUAUUAUUAUUAUUAUUAUCCUCAUCAUCAUUACUAUUAUUAUAUUAAUACUGUGAUUAACGUUAGGGACUUCGUUGUUUGCCACACUCGACCUUGGCUUCUCAAGCAUCAACGUGUUGAUUAUCAUUGCCAAUAUAUAUAUAUAUAUAUAUGAUCUCUCUUCUUUGAUCAGAAAAAAAAGGACACAAGAGAUCUGUAGUCUGUCUCUCUCUCUCUUCCUUUCUUUCUAUUUAUCUAUCCCUUUUAUUUAGGACCGUUGUUUCUUAUUUUGAAACCCUUAAGUGAUUUCCUUACUUUCUAACGAAUUGCUACUUAUAUAUAUAUAUAUAAAGAGAAACCGGAAAGAAAAAAAAAAAAAAGAAAAAAAAAAGAUAAGUUCUCUCGUGCAAAGCGUUACGAUGCCAAAUAAGGUAUAAUAAAUGAUAGCUUUGGGCGUAAAUAUCGUACGAUGUAAGUGCAGACGAUUUCAAGGUCGGGAGGACUCCUACUCAAGGUAAACGAGGGUGUUCGUGUUACGAUUGUCUGGUAGUCGCUCGCCGUCCGCCUUUCCAUAAGAAGCGUACGAACGUAGUACGUCAACUGCUGUACUCCUGCAUACGUACGUGCGUGCAUGCUCACGUUGCACUUAUGUACAUCUCCUUUUCUAUCUUUACUUACAUCCUUGUGCAUAGAACAGAGAAAGAGAGAGAAAGAGAUAGGAAAAAGAAACUAGAUCAUUCAGAAGCACGUCAAUUCCUUUUUAAUUUAUCACCGAUUUAACAUUACCACGAUUCACGUAGAAUUCCUUUUUCAUUAGACCGGAAAUGAAAUCUUCAUUCCUCAAGUAAUCGCAUACAAAUUUCUUUUCCUUUUUCCUUCCAUUGUUCAACCAUUUCUCUCUCCCUCUCUUUCUCUCUCUCUCUCUCUCUCUCUCUUCCUUUGUCUUUUUUCUUUUUUCUUUUCUUUUUCUUUUUUCUUUCUCCAUACGAUCGAACGUACAAUAAUUCUUGGAAUUUUUUACCAACGGUCUUAGCACUCGAAGGAUCUCGAAGUCCUUCAUUUAUCUUGAUAUCGAGAAUCUUCUUAAAGAUAGUGUGUGUAUAUAAUUACAGGUACGAUGCUGUCUGAACCGCGAAGAAUUUUUUUCGUUCUUUUUCCUUUUCUUUUUUUUUCCAUACACUCCUCCUCCCCCUCCACCCCACCCUUUCUUUCUUUUAAUCUCCAUUUUCGAAAUAUAUAUAUAUAUAUAUAUACUUUCGUACGGCAGACCUUUCAUGAGGGGAAAUGCGGUCGUAAUUUUUCGAUCCGCGAAACGGCCUUUCUCCUUUCGCGAAUUUUUUCAUGCUCCAAUCAGAAAAAGAAAAAAAAAAAAAAGAAAACGCAAUUAUAAAAAAUACAAUUAUAAAUUUUAUAUAUGAGAGAGAAGGGAAAAAGAUGAAGAAAGAAAGAUAGGAAGAAGUGUAGAAAGAAAGAAAGAAAGAAAGACGUGCUAAGGAUCUUUUUACUUCGAUUGAUUCGCAACGAAGCGAAGCAAAUAAGAAAAGAAAAGUGCGCUCUCCGUUCGGUUUGUUGCUUUCGAAUGUAAGAAAUGUGAUAAAAUCUUGUUUCGUUUUGUUUCAGAAUUCGUUUUUUCUCUUUUUUUUUUCUCUUUCUUUUUUUUUAUUCUCUUUAUUCCCUCUUUCUUUUCUUUGCUUCUUCUUUUUUUGGUUAUUUUAUUCCAUUUUAUUUUAUUUUUCUUCUCCCUCUUUCAAUUUCUUUUAUCGCAUUACUCUCGUACAGAAAGGAAUACUGACCAUUUAAAAGAUCGAAGAAACGCGAUAAAAGCUGCGGACGAAAUUGCAAAACUUUUUCUAUCGAUUACUUUUUAUCGAAAUAAGAAAAAUUUGAUAAGUAAAUACAAAUGCGAAAUUAACCCAAAUUGACACUAUUAUCCGGCUAGACCUUUGAACAAUGAUAAAUAGUCGUUUGUAAUUCGUGAACGCUAUAAGACAUCAUUAAUAAUAAAAUAAUCUAGAAAAUAUAACGAGAGAGAGAGAGAGAGAGAGAGAGAGAAAGCGAGAGAGAAAGAAAAAAAAAAGAAAUUAGGAGAAAAUAUUAUAGUGGGAUCAGACAUCGAGAGAACUGUUUGUAAAAAAAAUAUAUUUGCCUUUCGACAAAUAAUUCAAUUGGUAUUGUGAUUAAAUUAUAUAGAACUUAAUAAUAAGCUCGCGAUAAUUUUAUAUAUACAUGGAGAAAUGUUAACAUACAUACAUAUAUACAUACAUACAUAUGUGCAUGCAUAAAUGCAUACAUAAAUACAUACAUACCUACGUAAAUAGAUAUGUACGAUUAUGUGUUUAAGCUCGCGGUAAAAAGAGAAAGCUCUAGAUACGGCGUCGUUCGCGAGCAAGUAAGUCAAAUGAAAAUAAGAAUAGAAAAGUAUAUAAUAUAACCCUAUGCUUUAUAAAAUAACGGAAAAAACUAUAAAAGGGAAAAAUAGCCGCACAAUGUUUUCCCUUCUACGUUGUGCCGAUGAUAAGACUAUUGAAGUUACUAAAACUCGGAAGUAAGAAAGAAAAUAAAAAUAUCUCGGUCGAUCGCGCAUACGUAUAUGUAUAUUACGUUUUAGCUAGUUAACACGAUAGUCUUAUAUGAUAACUAUGUGAAUAAGAGUGAUAGAAUGCAAGGGAGAGAGAGAAAGUGAAAUGUUGAUAUAAAAGAUAUGAAAGAAAGCGAGAGAGAGAGAGAGAGAGAGAGAGAGAGAAAGAAAGAGAAAGUAAAAUAAAGCGCGAUAGAGAAAACGAGAGACUGUAAAAGAUUUCUAUAUAAUAAUUAUGUAUAUGUAUAAUGCGAUAAGGCGUUUGUAUGAUAAUUAAGAAUUUCGUAAUUAUUCGCUAGGAAUAAACAUUAUGGCGCGUGUUAUAUAUAUAUAUAUAUAUAUAUAUAUAUAUAUAUAAACGACGUAUAUAUAUAUACAUAAAAACAUAAGUAAAAUAUAUGUGGCGAGGUGCUUUAAAGUUCAUUGAACGCGCGCCCCUCCCCCCUUGCCUUGUGAACUUGCUCCUAAUCUUGUAAUGUCGAUCAAUCGACGAAUCAUCCUUCUCCUUCAUUUCUCUAAGUCAGGUUGAAGAGAAUUUUCUGUGUGAGACCGCGUGUUUCUAUAUAUGUAUGUAUGUAUGUUUGUAUGUAUGUAUGAUGUAUGCCUGUCUGUCUGUCUGUCUGUCUGUCUGUCUUUGUGCAUUUUCGUCGUGCUUCUUAGUUCGCGGCUUGGAUCGAUGAUCAAUUCGAUCAUUGUCCUUUGUUAUUUUCUUCUACGAGAAAUGUGUAUGAGAUCGAUGUACGUACGUACGUAGAUAUAUGUAUCAUACAUACAAAAAGAAAUACAACAUACAAACGAACAAACAACAUAAAUAUAUAUAUAUAUAUACAUAAAUACAUACAUACAUAUAUAUGUGUAUAAUUUAUUCAGGUAUAAAAUCUUUAUAUUCAAAUUCGUAUUCGGCACAACGUGAACGAACGAAGAUACUUGAAAUGUUUUGUAAGUAGGAUGAUCGAAAAGAAAAAAAGAAAGAAAGGGAGAGAGAGAUAGAUAGAUAGAGAGAGAGAGAGAGAGAGAAUCGGAAUACAAUACUGAUCGAUCCUUUUUGGCAAUAACGAGAACGAUAGAUUUAUUUUUCUUUUUUUUCCUUUUUUUUUUUUCUUUUUUUUCUUUGUUUUUUCUUUUCUUUUUUUUUUUUGUUUGGUAAAUAACUACGAAUAGACACGUUUUACCUCUCACGUUCCUCCGCUUUCGGAGAUAGAACACUUAUUGAUUUGUACGCGACAUUGCUUAUACAUACAUGCAUACAUACAUACUUGCAUACAUACAUACAUACAUACAUAGAUGCAUAUAAUGAAAUAUUUGUACGUUGUUACUCGUCGAGCCGUUCCUCCGACACUGUGCAUUUCAUUGGCCCGUGUAUCACUUUUUAUUGUUUUUCUUCUUGUAUCAAAUCGAUAUAUAUAUAUAUAUAUGUGUGUAUGUAUAUAUAUUGAAACUUUGUAUAUAAUAUAUCAUUUUUAUCCCUGUGGUUGAGAAUAGUUACUUUUCGAUGAAUGGUAUGUAAGUACGUUCAUGCAGGCGCAAGAUACUUAAGGAAUAAAAAAAAUCAUUCACAGGAUCCAAUGACAAUACACCCAGAAGUUGUUAAAAAUCUUUAUAUUUUUCCGUUUUUCUUGCGAUCGUGUGUUUACUUAAAGGGAACACGAUAUAUACAUACAUGAAUAAAUAAAUAAAUAAAUAAAUAAAUAAAUAAAUAAAUAAAUACAUACAUACAUACAUAAAUAAUAUAAACAUUCCGAUAAAAUUCACAAAAUGCACGAAUAAGUCGGUUUUAUUUGCGUUCGAUCGUCGUGCAAUAGCGUGUAUAUGUAUAUAUAUAUAUAUAUAUAUAUAUGUAGGUACAUAGAUGCAUAUGUGUAGUAUGUCUCUAUGGAAAAUCUGUAUUUAAACGAAAAAGAAGAAAUAGUAGUAAAGAGGUGAAAGAAACGAAAGAAAAAAGGGAAAUAAGCAUGCUGCCAAUUGUAAUUUCGCAAACACUCGCAUGAACGUUCGUAAUGUUGAAGAAGAAGAAGAAGAAGAAGAAAAAGAAGAUGAAAAAGAAGAGGAAGAAGAAGAAGAAGAGGAAGAAGAAGUAGUAGAAGAAAAGAAGAAGAAGAAAAAACGAAACGAAAUAAUACAAAAAAAAAAAGAAAGACAAAAGAGAGGAAUUAUUCUACAAAAAAAGAAAAAGUACAAGACGCGUCUCUCAUACACGUACAUGCACACAUAACACGAAAAAACAAUACUUUAGGACGUAUCGAAUAUAGUCUGUAUACACACAUUCUAUACAUAACACGGAUCAUUACGGAUAUAUACAUUUAACCUUUAAGGAAUAUUUACUGAUACACAGGUUUCUUAGGUCACUGCGUGUAUUCAAACCCUAACCGCCAUUUUGCGGAAACGUUAUCGUUUGACUUUCUACGAUAACGUUUUUGUAUAUCCUAGUUUUUUAAUCGUAUCUAAUGGCGAGAGACAACUUUUCUUACAAUUUUCACUGUAAAAUCAUUGGAAAAAUUCAUUUCGCGCUGAUCGCCAUAGCCGCUGCAAACGACAACGAAAAAUAUUUCGGGAAAUAAAGAAAAAAUCUUCGUACGAACGUCCUUCCACAUUUCUCUCGUGCACGCACAUACGCAUAUACCGUACACAUAAACUCGUACAUAAUAAACAUACACAUUUUAUUAAAUUAUAUUUAUAUUCCUUGCGUUCUUGUAUUAUCUUUUUUAUCAUACUUAUUAUAAUAUUAGGUUUAAUGUUUAAUUAAAAGCAAAUAUGCUUUUCUCGAAGCAUUGAUUGAUAUCUCUUCGUGCAAUUUAUAUUUUAUUAGUCGGAAAUCGAUUGCAGCGGCAAUAAUUCCGAAAUCGAAAGAAGAGAUACAUACACGUGCACACAUACACAUAAAUACAUACAUACAUACACACACACACAUAUACCGUCAUGUAACAUUAUUGUCCAUCGUCAUCAUCAUCAUCAUCAUCAUCAUUAUCAUCAUUAUUAUCAUCAUCACCCUGCUUCUCCAAAAAAUAUAAUUUAACAGAUAAGUUCUUAAGAUUAACUUCAUUCUCUCUUUCUUUAUUUCCUUUUAUUUUAUUUUAUUUCUAUCUCUUUCUUUUUUUUCUUUCGUCUUUUUUAUUUAAGUGACAAUGCAAAGUUUGAUCUCUUACUCUGGUACAUACACACGUCAUUAUAUAUAUAUAUAUAUAUAUAUAUAUAUAUAUAUAUAUAUAUAUAUAUAUGUAUAUAUAAGUAUUAAUUAGGAAUGUUAUUAAUCAGGCAAAGCGUAGGGAAGCGCUCUCGUUGCGUUUGGAUUUUGCUUUCCUUGUAAAAACGACGACGAUGAGGAAAACCGUGUCGCUUAUGUCGUUCUUCAGCGUGUCUGCUGGAUUGUAAUAUCGUAAUAUGUAUUUAUCGUUCGAACGAUCGACACGGUUAAAAAUAUGCGUGCUUAAAAGAAAAUUCAAACGAAGUGAUUCUUUACGAAACACAGAUAUAAAAAAAAAAACUCUUUUUCUCAUUAACUUGUAAUGCGUUCUCGCCACGUGCCAUCGAGCGAUAACGCGAAUGUCUUUGAAUUUUCUUUUUUUCUUUCUUUCUUUCUUUUUUUUUUUCUUUUUCUUUUUUUUUCUCUCUUUUUUUAAAGGUACUGCGCUCCGACUUGAUUGAAAAAUGAAAUAUAAAAUGCUGCUUGUGACAGUUCGAAAAAAAAAAAAAUAUAAAAAAAAAAAAAAAAAAGAAAAAAAUAUUAAAUAUUUCAAACAGCAAUGCCUUAUGUUCUUUAAGCAUUCGUCCCUUCCGCUCUCACGUUGUAAUUUGCGAAAAGAGAUAGAUCGAAAUGAAAGAGAGAGAUUGAGAUUGAGAUUGAGAGAGAGAGAGAGAGAGAGAGAGAGAAAUGAUUCGAGACGCAUUUUCAUUGAUAAUCGAGAUUUGUAAAAUAUUAUGAUGACGUGUUCUAUGCUUUUAAAUAUUUUACGCACGAGAAAAAUGCAAAAUUUUUGUGAAUGACGAGCCGUAUUCAAUCGAAUCGACGAAUUGAAGUCGAACUCGUACGAUUACGAUCGACUACGUAUUAAAAGUAAUUGUUAAAAACAUGCAAGAACUGGAUCUGUUCUAUUGCCUUAAAAGGAUGCCGCUUUUGUUCUGCGUAAUAUGUGUUAUUCCUUUUUGUUUGUUCUUUUUUUUUUUUUUUUUUUACUUUUUUUUCCUUAUUCGUUUCUCUUUCAAAAGAUUUCAUUCAAAAAUUCGAACUGUUUUGUCAUCUAUUCUUUUAUUACAAUCGGCAAUGAUCAAUAUCUCGAGAUAUCGAGGGAAAAAAAGUGUGUUAGCUAACAGGUGGUCUUAUAUUGGAAUGACAUUGUUCUAUAGAAAAUUCUUGGAGCGAUGGCUCGAUUAAAGGAUAAUAUCAAAAACAA